AGGAGUAGAACAAACUGAAGCGAACCUAAACAAGAGGUUUUUCAUCCUACUUCUAGAACAAGGCGGCAUCUCCGAGACGGGGUUGGUUAUCAUUACACAUUGUCACGAGUUAGACAGACAGAAAGAGUAUAUAAAGACCUAGGAAAGACCCCAAUCUCAAGAUUACCUUUGCCAACAGCCCCCUUCAAAGCAAUCUUCUACAGCUUAAACGAUUCAAAAGUCGCCAACAUGGGUCCAAAAUUCCUCUCUCUGCUAUUUUUACUUUCAGUAUCUGCUGCAAAGGCUAUUGAUAUCGAUGUGGACAACUGCUACUGGAGCGGCACAGCCCCUUUCUGCGCAGGUUCAUGCGAUGCUGGGUAUACCGAAUGCAGUACGGAUGGAUGUGGUGAUGGGGCUUGCUGUACAACAGGUUACAAGAAGUAUUGCUGCCUUGGCAGUACUUGUCCAGACAACACCACUCUAGAAGCUCUAGAAGCUCCAGGAGCUCUCGGGAACGAUUCUGAGACGAGCUUAGACGUCUAGGUAGAGAUUCUGAAGACCCUACAGUGGCCUACGAUGGUGGUGCAUACAGCCGUAUCACUACGAGUAUAGUUGUUAUUAUGCUGUUGGACCAUCGGAUAGGUGGUCAUGUGCAGGCGUUUAUUGCAUCGUCUUUCAUUUAACCAUGAACCCUCAUGUUUCACAUCGUACGGACAGGACUACUUUUGCUGCUGGCAAGGCGCGCUGCUCCGGUGUAGCGUAGGAAGUUGAAAACACCUUCUCUUUUCCAGUCACUCGUUAGAUAAUACGUCAUAUUCUUAAAAAUAAAUAUCAC